AAAAAAACGAAGAACUUUAUUUUUUUUUUGGAAUUUGAAUCAAUCUCGAUCCUUUUUCUGGGCUCAUCAUCCUACCCCCCUCAAAAAUCCAGUCUUUUCAGAAGAGAAAGUGUUUAAAAGAAAUACCCAUUUUGAGUUAUGUUUAUUUCCAACCUAAAUUCUCAAUCUUUCAAAGUAUUCUACUUUUAGUAAAAAACGAUUCCGUCUCCGAGUUGUAGUAGUAAGUGAAAAAGCAGAGAUGGUGUCACAUGAAGAGAACACAGGUAUAGUGGAAUGGUUUCUUGGUCCUAAUCCAUUCACGUAUCCUCCUUAUGGCGUUGAGAUGAUUCAUGAGGAAGAAGACGAAGCUCAUCAUCAUCAUAAUUAUCAUCAUGAUCAGAGCGAUGAGUAUUACAGAGAGUAUGAAGAAGAUCAUCGUAGCAGCAGCGAUGUAGAUAACGAUGAGAUCAUUGCAAGAACACUCCAAGACGAUUUUUUGCAGCUUCAGAUUGCAGAAGAAAGUAAUAAUAACGAUUAUUCAAAUCAACAACAUCAACAAGAAGAAGGUUAUACUAAUAACUAUAGCAAUAAUAAUAACGAAUAUGGUUGGAAUGAUCAAGCAGCUGUGGAUUACUCUUCAGAAUGGGUAGGAAAUGAGAAUGAUCAAGACGAUGAUUCAGCUAAUAUAUAUUCGUGUUCAAGCCCGAGUGAUACAGAUGAGUAUGUGUACUCGUGGGAAUCAGAUCAGUGUGAGGCUGAUGGUGAAUUCGGAAGGAGGUUGAAUCAGAUGGUUCCUAUCCCUUAUGUACCAAAAAUAAAUGGAGAAAUUCCUCCUGAAGAAGAAGCAGUUUCAGAUCAUGAAAGACUUCGGAAUAGGUUAGAGCUGUUUGACUUUGCAGAGGUCAGAGUUCCAGGAGAUGGUAAUUGUCAGUUUCGUGCAUUAGCUGAUCAACUAUACAAAACCGCAGAUCGUCAUAAACAUGUUAGACGACAAAUUGUAAAGCAGCUAAAAUCUCGUCCAGAUUCUUAUGAAGGAUACGUGCCUAUGGACUUCUCUGAGUAUCUAAAGAAGAUGUCUCGGAGCGGUGCGUGGGGUGAUCACGUUACAUUACAAGCAGCUGCAGAUGUGUAUCGGGUGAAAAUAGUAGUACUAACAUCGUUCAAGGAUACAUGUUAUAUUGAAAUUCUUCCUACCUCUCAAGAAUCCAAAGGAGUAAUUUUCUUGAGCUUCUGGGCAGAGGUUCAUUACAACUCUAUCUACUUGAACGGAGAUACAUCUGCAACAGAGCUACAAAGAAGGAGAAAAUGGUGGCGUUUUGGGAACUAG